AUGUCUCUAUUGAUGCCACAAAAGUGCCACUCUGAACAGACAUGUGGCGACCGAUGGCAUCUUGCUGGAAGCAGCCUCGGCGCGGCGGUGCACCCGCUCGUAACCGUAACGCAGACCCACUCGUACGCCGGCGAGGCGCCCGCCGGGCUGCCCCUGACCGGCGCCGUGGGCAGCGCCAGCGGCGCGCCCGCCGCCAAGAAGCCCUCGGCCGACACUUCGCCGGCGCACUCGCAGGUGUCGCGCAACUCCUCGCGGCGCUCCAAUGCCUCUCUCUUGCAGCUGCAAUUCUCCAACGGGAAGCUGGACGAACGCUCCGGCUCCGGAGCAGCGCGCAAGACUAGUGCGCUGGAUGUGUCGCAGCUAAGAGUUUCGCUCAAAGACAUCGCUUGCUACCUCUCACUCAUUGAAGGGGGCCGACCAGAAGACAAGUUGGAAUUCAUGUUCCGCUUGUAUGAUACGGAUGGAAAUGGCGUAUUAGAUACCAACGAAAUGGAUUGCAUUGUCAACCAGAUGAUGACUGUAGCAGAAUACCUGGGAUGGGAUGUCACGGAGCUGAAGCCGACAACACCUCAUAACCCGCAAAAAAAGAAAAAAAAAGCGGAUCGUGAAAUUGAUUUCAAGCUUCUUCGUCGGCAGAUUUUGCAAGACAUGAUGGUGGAAAUUGACUACGACGCAGACGGGACCGUGUCCCUGGAGGAGUGGAAGCGCGGUGGAAUGACGACCAUUCCGCUGUUGGUGUUGCUGGGCUUGGAUACGAAUGUGAAGGAAGAUGGACAGCACUUAUGGCGCUUGAAGCACUUCAGCAAACCGGCCUACUGCAAUCUGUGUUUGAACAUGCUAGUUGGUCUGGGAAAGAAGGGUCUCUGCUGCGUAUUCUGCAAGUACACCGUGCACGAACGGUGCGUCCAGCGGGCGCCCGCCUCGUGCAUCGCCACCUACGUCAAGUCCAAGAAGACGGCGCCCACCAUGUCGCACCACUGGGUGGAGGGCAACUGCCACGGCCGGUGCGCUCGCUGCCGCAAGCCCAUCAAGGCGUAUAACGGCAUCACCGGCCUGCAUUGCCGCUGGUGUCAGACGACGCUACACAACCGCUGCGCGUCGCAGGUGAAGCCCGAAUGCUCGCUGGGAGAGUUCCGGGUGCACAUCCUGCCGCCGACCGCCAUUUGCCCCAUCGUGCUGGACCGCCAGCGCAGCUUCUGCCGCGACCAGCGACGCGUCCAGCGCUCCGCUUCGGCCUCGGGCGCAGCUGCCCUGCCGGACUCUGCUUCUUCCGUACGUGCUGUGCCGGCCGUGCCUUAA